AUGGCCGAUGAUUUUAAGAGCAUUCCAGAUGACCAACAGACAAACGAUGAUCAAGGGCCGAUUAUUCCUUACAACUACACGGAAAUCCGACGCCAGAAAACAAAGAGAAUCGCCCGAUCUUUACGGACAAUUCUUGUUAUAACAAACAUCGUCUUCUGGUUUGCUGGAUGUGGAAUGCUCGGAGUUUCUAUUUGGCUUCGAUUUUCAAAUGAUUUUGUGCAACUUUUAUCCAACUUCAACACGCUGAAUAUCAUUCUUUUGGCGAUGUUGGCGGUUGGUGUUUUGUUCUUGGUUAUUGCUCUGAUUGGAACUUGUGGUGCUAAUAUGAAGAAUAAGAUUUUACUCAUAGCCUAUCUCUGCGCAACUUCAACCGCAGCCAUGGUGGAAGUCAUCGUUGUUCUAGUCUGGGCAAGUUUUCGCGAGAGUUUCAAAGACCACUUUGCCGACUGGUACGAAUCUGUCUUUCAUCUUUUCGGUACGGAAAGUGAAGCUAAUAAUCGUGAUAUCGUCGAGUCAUUUCAAAUUUACUUGAAAUGCUGUGGAUUGAACUCAAAAGAAGAUUUCAUGAACCUUGGCUUUGCUGUUCCAGCGAGUUGUUCCUGGAAGUCAAAGAAUGAAGUGGGCGUAAUUAUAACGACCGACUUUGAGCAAGGAUGCAUCGAAGCUCUUUCUGAUCUGAUUGGAGAAUAUCAAAAUGUUCCGUACUACGUUCUUCCUUCUUUAUGCGGAUUACAGCUUAUUGGAAUUAUUUCUGGAAUAAUCCUGCUUUUAUUUUUGGUAAAACACGACGAUUUAGCACAAGAAGAUUCCGAACUCGACUCGGAGCUUGAUGACCAUGAUAGAAAUGCUCCCAUUGAGCUCCCUAAACCAAAACUUUACAGGAUUCUAAAACGCUCAAUCGACACAUUCGGACUUGACAUGGAAUACGACGAAGAACGCAGAGGUCACGUGGUUCGAGGAAUCAAUGAGAAAUCAAACACGCACUACUCGGGAUUAACACUUGGUUCGCGAGUCAUCGAAAUCGGCGGGGUUAUCGCUCAAAAUGUGUCUAUCGGCGAAAUAAAAAAUCACAUGAAAGCAAUUGGCAACGAAUUGAAAAUCCUGGUUGUUGAAGAAGCGGCUGAUAUGGUUUACAAAGAAUACAAAGUUGCUGUUAAUCUCAGAAACGUCGCUGGUGUAACGGCUGAAGAAGUUGAUUACUUCCCAAAAUAUUGCACGCUAAAGAAAUCGGGCAAUUUUGGUCUUGGAUUUCAUUUGCUUUAUUUGGAAGAUCGAAAAGGCAUUUUGAUCCAAGAAGUUGCGCCACGUGGAGCAGCCGCCAAAGCCGGGCUCAAGAUAGGCGAUCGUAUCGUAGAAGUCAACCAUGAAAAUAUUGAGACUCUCAAGCCAUCAGAAGUCAUUAGCAAGAUUCGGGACUCCGGAGACGAAGUCGCCCUCGUUUUAGUCGAUCCAAGAACAGAUGGCUACUUCCGAAAAAAGGCCGUUACAGUGACAGCUAGUCUGGCGGAAAACUAUUUUGAUGGAAGACCAGGGAUAACCAAGCAGCGGCGAAAAAAUACGGAAGCAGCCCAAAUCCGACCAAGGUACUGCAGAUUGACAAAGGUGCCACAGGAAGAUUACGGUCUCUACGUUGUUAUUGAUAACAACCGAAUUGGCCAAGUCAUUCGAUGGGUGGAUCCUGGAGGACCAGCUGAUCGAGCAGGUCUGAGAAUCGGUGACAGAAUUAUUGAAAUCAACGGUCUCAAUGUGGAGUACGAAACUCACAAGCGUCUUCUCGCCACAAUCAAGGCCGGAAGAAAUCUUGCCCAUUUCAUUGUCGUCGAUGAAGAUUACGACAAAAAAUUCACAAGGAACAAACCAAGACUUAUUCGAGUCACACGAGGUCAAGCGAACGGAUUUGAAGGACUUGGGUUCAAAAUAAGAUUGGACGAAGAAAAGGAUGGGCAUUAUAUCGACCAAGUGUUUCCGAAUGGACCAGCAAGCGAGGCCAAUCUGCAAGUUGGUGACCGUAUCAUUCAGUUGAAUGGUCACACCACUGAAGGUAUUGAAUUCGAAGAAAUCUAUCAACGACUUGAGAAUUUUUCAUCAUCGCAGUGUAUUAUGCUGGUCACUGAUACUACGGCGAACGCGCAUUACAAGUCUAUUGUUGAGUUUAAAACUCAAGGAAUUGAAGAGAACGACUGGGACUCCCAGUCGAUCCCUGAUCAGCCACUCUUCUUGCCGACUGAUUUUGAGUCGUCUGAUACCGAAACUGACUACACUGAUGAAGAUCAAAGUACUGUCCAUGGUGGUGACACCUACUCCCUUUCAAAUGCAGACACUCAAAGUUACUUGUCUGAUAGUACUAUCGCCAGCUCUAGAAGAAUCGCACAAAAGCUAGGGGCUCCAAGAGUUUGCCACAUUCAAAAGAGUGAUUAUGAAGAGCUCGGAUUCUUCUUGGCCAUUGACCGUGAUCGAGAUGGAAACAUUAUCCGACGAAUCGAGCGAAACGGUCCAGCUGACCGAGCUGGUCUUCGCGAUGGAGACAGAAUUCUCAAGAUUGAUGGAAUAAAUGCCGAAAAAUGGUCCCACGAAAAGGUUGUCGAAACAAUUGUCAGCGCGAGGAAUGACUUUACUCUGACUGUAAUCGAUGAGCGAUCUGAUGAUGCCAGACUAAAGAACCGUCCUUACAUCUUCAAAAUCAUGAAGGGCAAGGGAGGUUAUGGUUUCUGCAUGUGGCACGAUACUGAUGGCCAUUUUGUUGAAAGCGUUACUGCCAAAUCGCCUGCUGACAAAGCUGGUCUGAGAACUGGCGAUCGAAUUAUUGAAAUCAACUCUGUCAACAUCGAAAAAGAAAACGUAGAAGACGUCUUUUAUCGAAUCAAAGCCUGUCAUAAUAUGGUAACACUUCUCGCCGUGGACUCAAAGACGUUUGGUCUGAUGAAGAAGAACAGGAUUUCGCUCGACAAAAUGAAAGCAGAACUCGGUUUUUCCGGAUACAAGGACUGGGUCGGGCUCCGAAACAAGCGCCAAGCAGUUGACAAAGAUGGCAAAAAGAAAAUUGGCGAUGAAAGUUGGGGCUUCCACAUUGCGAAUCAGUUCUCUUUCAUGGGUAACGAAGAUGAAGAGGGUGACAAGAGCAACGGACAUGUUGUUCAUUGGGUUGAAAAGGGAGGACCUGCUGAUUAUGCUGGCUUGAGAGAUGGCGACAAAGUUCUUCAAAUUAACGAUACAGAAGUCGGCUCCCUUCCAUACGAAGAAAUGAUGGAGAUUUUCAAAAAGGUUGAAGGAGACGAACUCAAGCUUGAAAUCGAGUACGAAGAUAUGGCAGACGAAGAGCAAGCACGCGACGUAGAGAUCGUAAAAACAGAUGCGGAAGAGCUCGGUUUCGUCCUUUGGUUCGAUGAGAACGGACAUUACAUCGAAGACGUCACCAUUGGCAGUCCUGCUUAUAAAGCUGGUCUCAGAGGAGGUGACCGGCUGCUGGAAGUUAGCCAUCAUAAUGUAGAGUUGGAUGAUCACGAGGCUGUUGUACAGCUCGUGAAAGAAUCUGGAAAUAUGGUCAGCCUCAACGUUCAGUCAGUCAAAUCAAAAACGGCUGGUACAGCUACUGUUGAGCGAAUGGUUCACGUUCAAAAAGAAAACGGGUCUUUCGGCUUCAGUAUCAAUCACGACGAAAUCAACGAAGGAUAUUACAUCAAAAUGAUUGCUGAGGAUGGCGCGGCUGCUAAAGAAGGCAUCAACGUCGGAGAUAGAGUUCUCGAAAUCGACCGGGAUCCCAUCAAUGAGCUUUCAUUUGACGAUGUCGUCGCAAAGAUCAAGGGAGCAGAAGUGUUGACACUUACAAUCUUGUCCCAGCAUAGAACUGAUAAGACAACAGCGAGGCCAAAGGCGAAGGAUGGCGAUGCUAAAGAUAAAGUUGACAACAACAUCAUCAAAACUCUCAUGGGCGAGGAGAAGAUCGACUACGUCGUCAAGCCUCGAUUCCUCCAGCAGAAGCGCGAUGAAAAGCGCGGUAGUGACUUCAGAAAGAAGACGAAGAUCAACGAAGAUCUCAAGAAAGAAUUGACCCCAGAAGAGAUCGCCGAAAAGAAAGCGAAGAAAAAGAAAUCUGUAAAGAAGGGGGUUGCUUUUGGAGGAACUGAAGUUGCUAUUAUCGGUGAUGAUGGAGGAGUGGAGAAACCAAAGACUGGUCUUCUCAAGCAUAAAAAGAAUAAAACUGCCCCUGAAUCCGCAGAAAUGAAAGCCAGGAAGCGUGAGCGAACUAUGGCCGACAUGACCAAAGCAAUGCGAAAACGUACUCUUGAAUCGCGAGAACGCGUGAUUGAAAAGCAAGAUGCGAAGGCUGAGCGUUCGGCAGAGAAGAAGUCGAAGCGCUCUGGCAAGAGUUCACGAUCUUCGAGAGCUAAAGAAGGCGAUUCCGAAAAGUGGGAUUGGGAAGAUGAAACUGCUGCUGCCAUGAAUUCCAUCCCAGAAGACGUCAAUUCGGAAAAUGCCUACAUGGAGAUGUAA